AUGGAGAUAAAGAGGAUUUUGAAGAAGGAUUUAUUAUCCUGUAGUGAUAGUUUUCCAUUCCUUGAGCUAGUAUAUCACCUUCAGCCAGUGAGUGAUGGAUCCUGGCAUGUCACUUUUGGCUUGUUUAUGUUUUUGUCUCCAAGUAUCAUCAGUUACAAGGUACGAACAUUGACCAUUGGCAUCCGAUUCCCUGUAUACAUAGAAGAGAAAGCUCUAAAUACACUGGCCUACCUUUGUGAUGGCGAUGCAAGGACUGGACUGAACGGACUCCAGUUAGCAGUUCAGGCCAGAUUAGCAGUGGGGAAGACCACUCCUUUGAAUAUUCCCAAAGGUGGCUGUGCAGAUGGCAUUCUGAUAACAGAAGAGCAUAUAAAGGAAGGGCUUCAGCGAUCUCACAUCCUGUAUGACCGAGCAGGAGAAGAGCAUUACAACUGCAUCUCUGCCCUGCACAAGUCUAUGAGAGGCUCAGAUGAAAAUGCUUCCCUGUACUGGCUUGCUCGGAUGCUUGAAGGUGGUGAGGAUCCACUUUAUGUGGCAAGGAGGCUGGUGAGGUUUGCAAGUGAAGAUAUAGGACUGGCAGAUCCGUUGGCUUUAACACAAGCAGUUGCUGCUUAUCAAGGCUGUCACUUUAUUGGAAUGCCAGAAUGUGAGGUGAUUCUAGCACAAUGUGUAGUGUACUUUGCCAGAGCUCCAAAGUCUAUAGAGGUAUACAAGGCAUAUAGCAACGUCAAAGAAUGUCUGAGAAUGCACACGGGACCUCUGCCACCUGUUCCACUGCACCUGAGAAAUGCCCCAACAAGGCUCAUGAAGAAUUUGGGCUAUGGCAAAGGCUAUAAAUAUAACCCUAUGUACAAGGAACCUGUAGAGCAGGACUAUCUACCUGAAGAGUUGAAAGGAACAGACUUCUUCAAGGAGCAAAAGACAUGAUCACAGUGCUUGGAAUGGGUUUUGAUUUUAUGACUCAUACAUUUCUACCACGAUAGAAAUUCCCCUUACAGUGUCAGCCCUCUGUUACUGUGGUUGAAGGUAUU